CCAAUAUCUUAGCGGAAAAAGGAAGAAAAAAAAAAUCCAUAUAAGUCUACUGCGGUUUCUUUCUGGAUGAAUCUAGAAUACCUGAGAAAGUGCUCUUCUCCUUUUUUGUUUCUCUUCUCUCCCCAACCUCUUCACUAACUACUUGAUCUUUCUGCUAAAGCUUAAAAAGCUUUGCGAGCUCCUUCAAUUCUUCGUCCGAUACUCUUCAUUCUUUUCCUACAAUUUCUGAUUUCGCUUGAAGCUUUGUUCGCACUCUUGUCAAAAGAAAAAAAAACAUGGCGGGAUACGAUUGUGUGCCGAUGAAGAUGAAGAGGAAGGAGAUUGACCGAGUCAACGACGACUUCUCCGAUUUCUCCCUCUCUUCUCCCGCCAAAAAGAUUCGCCGACUUGAUUUGGAUUUACCACCGAUUAAGGAGGAAGAGGUGGUUAUGGAGGAACACGUGUCUCCUCCUCCAGAGAACGAAGAGAGAGCGAUUGUGCUGUUCAAGCCUCCUACUCCUCAUCAUCACCAGCCUCACCUUUUCGUUGAUCGAAGCUUGAUCUCAGGGUUGAAGAAUAGGUUUCUUCAUGAUGUAGCAGAAGCUGAUGAAGAUUACAAAACUAACAAGCAACAAGCUGUUGUUCCCUGGAACCCAUCUCAUUUCCAGUUUCUGGAAUCCACAGGAACCGUCCAGGAACCCACAAAGCCAGAGAUUGUAGAGUUAGAUGGUGAUGAUGUGAUGAUGGAAGAAGCAGACAUGGAUGUGGAAGAAAAAGAAAACAGCAGCAUCACUACUAGUACUAGUGUCUCUCUGCAUCAGUGGCAACAGCCACAGCAGCAGCAGCAGCUUCAUCACUGUAUGAUACCACAGCUUCCCCAAACCAACUCUACUCCAAUCUCUUGGUUCCGGUGACUUAAUAUAUAAACAUUAGAAGCAGUAUUUCUCGUCAGUAGUUCUCUAGCUGUAUAUUUUACCUCUUUUCCUUGGCGUUUCAAUGUGAUCUUCUUCGCGGAUUGAGUGUUAGUCAAUGUGUUAGUAAGAGUAAUGAACUUUAAAGAGAAAGAGAGCUUACGUUCAUUUAUUGUUUUGACUCAACUCUAAAGCUUGGGUUUGGUUGCUUUAUCCCUUUACAUCAAAAAUUAUCUGAGGAAAAGUAACAGAUCUACGCAAUCAGUCGCCAUGUCAUAAAGUCUUCCUAGUAAAAUAACUGUCCUGCAGAUCUAAAGAACAGGUCAUGCAAGACCAUAAAAACAUAUCAAGAGAAGCUCAUCUAACACCUGGAAUGCUGGACACUGUAGUCUCUGCAGAAGAGAUGAUCCGGUCCAGAACAAUAAGCCAAUAAGGAAUUAUACCAUACUCUAGCUGGAUAUUUAUCUGCAAACAAGGAAGCUUUUGAUAGAGGUUGCUUAUCUUCAACACUGUAAAUCAUUGAAUAAACUUAAUAAUAGUCUUAAGUGUAUGUCUGUUUGUCCUCUCCUUAUCAAUUAGACGAAUGUUCAAGGAAAAUUACUCUUAACUACCAAACUCUCCGAAAGAGAAAGAGG